UGCCUCUGACAGCCAGUCACUCGUUUGGAGAAAAGGGGAAACAAAAAAUUCAAAAAAAAGAGGGAAAAAAAACACAAUUUCCAAUCUACAUCCUCAGAGCAGGAAUCAUUUAUCAUCGACCCAGUUGCCUUCGGACUUCCUGUUUUCCAGUUCUUUUCGUUCAGAGCCCAGGACCGGCCUUAAAGAACUUUUCCGCUUGCGGGCGCCUGCAGUGGCUGUCUGGCGCUGUCUUCGCCUGCGUCAACCUUUUGAUUUCGCCAGGAAAAUCGAUAUUUCACCACAGGCAAGAUGAUGAAACGAAGCAUCUUCACAACCAUUACCCCGUUGCCUUCCUAUAUUACUCGUGAAACCGUCAUCGAAGCUCUGCACCAACACUCGGAGAUGAUAGAGCUGAAUCCACUCGUCAUCAAACACGUAAGAUGCAAACCUCCUGGCAACGCUCCUUCGGACGAAUUUCACUGUGUGUGGUACGAAUUGACGGACAAAAUACACUAUCUACCGGGUGGAAUUCUCUCUGGAAACGUUUCGUAUAAGGCAUGUUUCCACGACCUGCCCAGAGGCCUCCAGACCCAUGUUUACGCCCCUACGGGGCUGGAUAUAAAGGAGAAAUGGAGCGUCGGAGGGAACAUGCCCGGUGAACCACGGGAACCAAUCGAAUUGGGUCUCCUUGACGUCCCCCGCGAAGGUCUGUACCUUCGAGAAGACGUCGAUAUGAGGUCUAACAUCCUCACGACAAGCUUUGUGAAAAGGACCUUGAAAAAGGCUCAUUCCGUCCUCGUCGAACGAUUAAUUGUCAAAGCCGACUUAUUGAAACAACGCUACGAAGAUGCACAGCGACAGAGCUUCAUACCCCGGAGCUUAACGUAUCCACUUACGGAGACGGAUUCACACCGUGGCAGCAUAUAUUCGCCGCCGUCCCCUGGCUUCCAAACCACUAGACCGGAUCAGAUACCUGCCCCGAUCGUACCGCGUCUCGCGUUCCCAGAUGACAUGCAUCUUCGGGCACGGGCCUCGUGCCAUGCCGUCAGUCCGGGCCCUGUAGAUACGUUCCGACAUUCACAUUACAUUCCGCCCAAACAGGCACAUAUCGUUGAAAUAGACAGCACGCCGGUGUAUGCUCCCCGUAUAGGAGUCGGGCAGGCCGAUAUAUUCUCCCGGGAGAAGAAUCCUGCGGUAUCUACAAAGCGUGCCCCUGUCAUUCCGUGACACGGUCGUGUAGGGUUCGGAUAGGCCACGUCCGGGCUUUCUGCCUUGGAUAGAACAUGUGGUUUAUUCCGAUGCCUGGGAAUUGGAAAGGUGGUAUUAAUUUAUGAUCUGAUUAUCGAUCGAGUCCAAGGCAGGGUGUGCGGCUGCAUCCGUUUUCUCAAUUUUCGAAUGUCUUCUCUCUAUUCACGUUCCUGGAGCAUUAUAUAGGCCUUGUUUUGUAUUGGGAUACCCGGCUUUUGUUUUGUAUGAUGAAAUUCUUUUUGGUGUGCAUACUGCAAAAUAAAAUAUAACUGU